CGCGCGCGCGCGUGUGUGUAGCUGUCAGUCCGUCAGUCGGGCAGUGCGGAUGAGCCGGAUACGCCAACUUCAAGCAAUAUAGAUAUAGCUGACAAAAUUCACAUCGAAUUCAGACUCGGACACUUUCCACACUCGGAAUACUGGCUUCGUCUAAAAGUAAACAUCUUUUCGGGGCAGACAAACGACAAAGAAAGAAAGUGGGAGUGGGAUUUUGCUUGAGACAUAUUUGAAGGGUUGCUGGCUUAGCCUGACUGGGGUGCGUUAGCAUGCUAAUGGAGCAGCGCCGCAGUGGAUGUCUCUCCACCCGCUCUUUUUUCCUCAAAUUAGACUGACGUCGUUCAGAUUAUAUUUCAUUCUCUAUUUUCAAUUGUAUCCGUCAGUAUUUCUACUAUUUUUCCUUAAGCGAAGUGUUAAAAGGGCUCCCGAGGGGAGGCUGGCUUGUCAGGCUAGCUAGUUAGCAAGUAAGGAAGGCUUACUAAUGAAGUCUUAAGGAGCUUUUGCAGUUUACGGACGAGAACUUAAAAUAACACCGCGUUUUGCUCUUAACUUUAAUGUUAUAUAUAACAGCAGACUGUUUUAUCACAUUUGGCGAGUUAUUCAUCUGUCUAGCGAGCUAAUAGUUGAGUUGGUACAGCUAGCUGGCUGCGGUUAGUUAGCUAACUGAACGUUAUGCCAAAUGAUAUUUUACUAAGAGACAGUUAGGACACCACUAGCUUAAUUAAAGCACUUGUCACUGUGUGAUAGUUAAUUUAUUGUUAUACAACAAACAAUGGCCUCGGUUGGUAACACUGUCUCAUCGUUUGCGAGCAAAACUAAAACGAAGAAGAAACACUUCGUGGCUCAGAAAGUGAAGCUGUUUCGUGCCAGCGACCCUCUGCUCAGUGUUCUCAUGUGGGGAAUAAACCAUUCGAUAAAUGAGUUGAGCCAUGUUCAGAUCCCCAUCAUGCUUAUGCCUGAUGACUUCAAAGCCUACUCUAAGAUUAAAGUGGACAACCACCUUUUCAACAAAGAGAAUAUGCCAAGCCAUUUUAAGUUCAAGGAGUAUUGCCCUCUUGUUUUUCGUAAUUUGAGAGAGAGGUUCAGCAUCGAUGACCAGGACUUCCAGAACUCUUUGACCCGUAGCGCGCCCCUCGUCAGUGAAGCUCAGGGUCGUAGUGGUGCUCGCUUCCACACCUCCUACGACAAGAGGUACGUCAUCAAGACCAUAAGCAGCGAGGACGUGGCUGAGAUGCACAACAUCCUCAAGAAGUACCACCAGUAUAUUGUGGAAUGUCAUGGUACCACACUGCUGCCACAGUUCCUAGGCAUGUACCGCCUCACUGUAGACGGAGACGAGACUUAUAUGAUAGUCACACGCAACGUGUUCAGCCACCGGUUGUCUGUGUAUAAGAAAUAUGACCUGAAGGGAUCUACCGUUGCCAGAGAGGCAAGUGACAAAGAAAAGGCUAAAGAACUCCCUACGUACAAAGACAAUGACUUCAUCAACGAUGGACAGAAAAUAUACAUUGAUGAGGAGAGUAAGAAAACCUUCCUCGAUAAGCUUCGAAAGGAUGUGGAGUUCCUUGCCUUGCUGAAGUUGAUGGACUACAGUCUUCUGGUUGGGAUUCAUGAUGUGGAGAGGGCAGAACAAGAGGAGGUGGAGAGUGAGGAUAAUGAGGGAGAGGAGGAAGGAGAGAGUGAUGGAGGGAUUGUCGGGACGCCUCCUGACAGUCCCAGUAACACCCUAGACAGCACUAAACCACUCUCACCGGGAGACUUCGACCCCAGUAUUGACGUCUAUGCCAUCAAAAGCCAUGACAAUUCUCCCAGAAAGGAGGUGUAUUUUAUGGCUGUUAUUGACAUCCUGCAGCAUUAUGAUGCCAAGAAAAAGGCUGCUCACGCAGCCAAGACGGUAAAGCAUGGGGCUGGGGCAGAGAUUUCCACCGUGAAUCCAGAGCAGUACUCGAAGAGAUUCUAUGAUUUCAUCACUACCAUUCUGCCCUAGUCCGAGGCAGCUGAGCUGAGUCCACGGGGAUGAAGAGGGACGCCAGCAGAGGGGUGUAGAACACUCACUCGCCUGCUCUGCCACAGGGGGCACCCCUACAGCAGCUACAACCACCAUUCGUUUACAUUUUGAUUUUCAUCUAUUCGUUCUUUGUUUUUGUGGGACCAUGAGUGAUGGAAAAGGACAACAAUUAUACCUUUUUUGGGGGGAUAGGGCUUUUUACUGCUUUCUUAUGCAUGCCCCUUAUUCUUGUUUGUUCCGUUUGAUACUUUUCUUGCCUUUUAAAGUGGAAGAGGACGACGAGAGGAAAGAGAGCGCAUGUGAUGGUCUGUGGCUCAGUUAGUAGAAUUAGGUCUCUGGAAAAGGAGGCCAAAACAGAACUUCUCAUUUGGACUCUAACUGAAUCAUUCAUCACAUCCCUACCUGAACUCACAUCACGCACCCCUUGGCUGCCUGUUCUGCUUUACACCACCGACGUCAACGGCUUCGCAGAGAGGCACCUGAAGCACUUGACACCACGCCACCCGCUCGCUAACUCUCCUUACUCGCACGGCCCUCUUCCUGCUCUGGACAGACUAACAAGAAAUGCUCUUUGAGCCAUUUACAAAAGGAGGACCCAUCGCCCCCCACUUGCCUUGUGUGGACAGACAGAUGAAUCUGACUGUUUUGCAUGUUCCUUCAGUGUUCUGAGGCAAAGCGUUUGAAAUGGAGGCGAAGGUUCCGGUAGGUAUUUCGUUUGUUUGUUUUUUGUUUUGUUUUGUUUUGCAGCAACUUGACAGGAGGGAGAAUGAAGACACUGAGGCAGCAGGAUCAGUGGUUUCUCUUCAGUCAUCAGUGAAUUCUGUUACAUUAGUGAUUCAGUUGCCAUCAGCACCUUAAACUGUUGCACUUUUUAUUAGGAUCACUCGGUCUGUUACGAGCUGCAACGAUAGCACUAUGAGGCACUGUUCAACGCAGCCUUGCAGUUUCACGUGUUGUCACGCAUACGCUUGUUCUCAGCAGACAAAACAUAGUUUACCUCUUGCAUCGUACCAGGACACACCGUUUUGUGUUGUGUUUCAGUAUUCCAUGGAGGUUUGGGGAAGGGGUGCUUUGUGUAUUUUUUUUUUUUUUUUUUCCCCUUUUUUUAAAACAUUGUUUUUUGUUGUUUUUUUUUUUAAAUGUGUAUAUGUCUUGUGAGUUUUGUUAGAAAUUUUUUGAACGUUCAAAUUGGCAGCAAAAUAGAUGAAACGUUGUAUAUUUUGCACAUGAUGAAUGGAACCAAAAUGUUCACAGAAUCCUGUUGGUUCAGCAGUGGUAUUUACAAGGGAAACAUAAUACCUGUAACAGAGGAGAAUACUUUUAUAAAUGGCAUUGAAUUAGAAGCAGGUAAUAUGACUUAGAGAUUAACAUUUGUUCCUUAACUUUUCUAAUUCAAAGAAAAAUCCGCCUCAUCCUAUGUUGGUUUAGACUUUUUGAUCACUUGCACAUAUUUUUACAUUUGAAUUUUAAUCCACCAGAAUUUUAAAGCACCACUCUGUGAUUCGGUGUUCUGAUAAAUGAAGAAUGUUACUGUUUUAAAUCAUACAACACAAGUACUGUCUAAAAAAAGAAAGGAAAAGGAGAAAAAAAAAUGCAUGUUGCAUUAUUUUUUAGUGUUCAGUCUGGUUUAGCCCAGAGAUGGUGUAUAUUCCAUGCUUGUUCAUAUUUUUAUUUUUCCCCCUUGCCCUAAACCCCCCAUCCCCCCACCCCAGGUCUAUUUUUUUAAGAUGGUCCCAUACCUGCUUUAUACUGUGUUUUCAAUGUAUACACUGUGCAAGAGUCGUGCCUUUUUACUCCAAAUUAUUUAAUUCUGUAUUUUUUAAUCUUUUUGUUUUGUUUUGUUUUUUUUCAAACAGAAGUAAAAUGUUAUUUUCUAAUAUUAGGGUGGUUGUUGAAAAAAAAAAAAUCAGAUAUUUUCAGUGUUGUUUUUUUUUUUUUUUUUUUUUUUUUGGUGUUUUGAUGUUUUAAAAUGUGCUGUUGCUUCAAAUGGAUACAACACAUUAUACUUUUUGUUCACAACAACACAACACUGAAAAGGUCACAAUUUCUCCUUGACUGGCUAAUUCUAUGUGCAAAGCCUUUUGGACAAGAGUGUGCAUUGUGAAUUUGUUGAUAUGAGUAGGUGUGGCUCUUGUUAUAGUGUUAAUUGUAAAUUGUGUUCAGGCUUUCUCAAAGCAUUUUUAUCUGGAAGUAUUAUCCGGCACCAAUGUUACAGCGUCCUUGGUUAGUGUUUCAUUUUCUUAAUAAACUGAGCGCUGCUUGUGCCCUUGGGAAACCAUUGCACAAUGGGAAAAGAAGCAUUUUUUAUUGUUCUCAUUGGGGAAGAAAACAAACCCUCGUCGUCUUGGUUGUAAUAUUCACAAAGAACAAAAAACAACAUGGGCAUGACAAAAGAGGCUGUUUUAGCGGCAGACUUUGAUUAGCGUCAUCGGAGCAUCGCUUCAGCUUCUGAUUCUGGAUUCACACGCGAUAUAUAUAUAUGUGAAUUUCACUAAAUGUGAAAAGUGCUAUAAGAUACAGCUUCACUUAACGCCUUUUACAAAAGCCCUCCACCAUGUUCUUCAUUUGCCAAAAGCAUUUUGCUCAAUGUGUUCAUUGAUGCAUACAUCAUCACAUAAGCUUUGGAGAAAGAAAUGUCAUGUACUUUUUAGCAAUUCGAUUUUUAUUUUCUAAACAUUUAUGAAUGACGCGUUCGGAUGGAUUUUAUUUGAAUAUCCAGGUUUACAGGCUUAUUGAAAGAAGAAAAAAAUCCCCUCGUUUGUGACUGUUUUAAUCUAGAUAGUGAUGGUAAUAGAAGUGAUGGAGAGUCGCUGGUAAUCUGCAUCACACUCACAGAUACGAGUCUAAAAGCUGUUGUUGAGAAUAACCAAAGGGGAGGCUGUCUCAUGUGUAAUGAUGUAAACCGAUAUACACUCCAUUCCAUAAGCAUUGCUCAAAACAAUAAAGCACUUUGUCUGCAA